AUGCCGCGAAGUGAUAGCCGCGGCCGCAGCCGAAGCCAGAAGAAGGACCGCAGUCGAAGCCGCUCUCGCAGCGGCGGGAGGCAGAAGCGACCGGAAGACUACGGCGUCGACACGCUGAAGAUCACUGACGACGAUGCAGCCUUCAUCUUGGGCAAAGGCGGCAAGACCAAGGAGAAGAUCGCCAAAGUUGCAGAGGCCGAGAUCGAGCUCUUCGAGCGCGACCUAAUUUUGGAAAUCCGUGGCAGUAAGCUCCAGCGGAAGCGGGCUAAGAAGUACUGCGAGGGGGUCAUGGCCCAGCGUACAGGACCGGUUUCAGUCACCGAUGAUUAUGACGACAACGACUUGACACUCCUUCAGGUUCCCCAGGAGGCCGUUGGGUUCGUCACCGGCCGAGCCGGCAAUUUCCUCCGCAGUAUCGAGGACCAGUGGACCACUUUGAUGUUCUUCUGUGAGGUGGACAAGGGACGAGGGCGCGACAAGGCUUUCGAAAAGUUGGCAAUUUUUGGCAGCAUCCGCGCCAGACGUGGUGCAGAGCUGCUCGUGCUCAGCGCUGUUGAGACGAAGGUCCCCGGCUACUUUGGCCAGAUCAAGGACGAGGUCUUGGACCGUGAUCGCCACCGCGACGAAACCCAAACCUGGUCCACCGACACCAUGCAAUUCCAGGACGACGAGCUCUCCUAUGCCCUUGGCAAGCAGGGCGGCACCCGCAAGAAGCUGGAACGCUCUUCAGGGGCGGUGGUACAGUAUGUUGGCCAGACGGCACUCUUCUCCGGGACGAAGAACGAACGCCGCCGUGCCAAGGAGUACAUGAAAUGGCUUUUCCAGCAGCUGGAAGGUCCUGUUUGGGUCGAGGGCUGGGAAGAGCGAGAUGACAUCACAGUCUUGGAUAUUCCCAGCGACUGCAUUGGCUACGUGACCGGCAGUCGCCGAGCGGCCCUGGGCGGUAUGGAGGAAGAGUGGGGCACUCUGAUGUUCUUCAUGACAAAGCCUGGCACAGGUGGUGGAAAAGGGGAUCGUCGUGGUGGCGGAGGUUUUGGGGAGCAGUUGGCCAUCCUCGGGCCCGAGCGCGGCCGCCGCGGGGCGGAGUUGAAGGUCAUGAGCUCCGUGGAGGAGAAAGCUCCUGGACAGUACACACGCGGCAUCCGUGAGAAGUUUAGCGACUCCAAGGGCUUUGCGACGGACCGGAUGAUCUUCAAGGAUGACGAGCUCAGCUACGCCUUGGGAAAGCAGGGCAGCACAAGGAAGAAGUUGGCUCUCGCUUCGGGCUGCAUCAUCCAGUACGUCGGCCACGUUUGCUUCCUGGCCGGCACGAUGGCAGAGCGUCGCCGCGCGAAGGAAUUCCUCGACUGGCUCCUCCAACAGCGACGGGGUCAGGUAACUGUGAACAACAUUUCCGAGCGUGACGAUGUCACGGAGGUCUUUAUCCCAGAGAACUGCAAAGGCUGGGUGACCGGCAACCGCGGUAGCGAGCUGCGCCGAAUGGAGCUUGAGACGGGAACGUAUAUGUUCAUGGCCUUGGACAAGCGGGGCGAGGAGCGCUUACUGAUCUUCUCGGUGGACUCAGGUUCCAAAACCUCCGAGAAGGGUCGCGCGGCCGCUGAGCGCCUCGUGAACGAGAUGAUUCAGGAGAAGCUCCGUGGGGACGGCCGCGGCCGUUCAGACAGCCGCGCCCGUUCCGACUCGAGGGGCCGGGCACGUUCGCGCACGCCCCCACGCCGACGCUCGCCUUCGCCCCGGCGGCGCUCGAAUUCACGUCGGAGGUCCCCGUCGCGCCGUGGACGCAGCGACUCGCGCAGGCGAUGA